UGCAGGGAUGAAUGAAGUAUAAAUACGAAUUCUCUCGACAACCAGGCGGAAAAAGUGAGAUGAGGAACCCCGCCGUACACUUUAAAGAUUCGGAAUAAGACUCGAGUGCUCUCGUUUAUUCUAAACUUCGAGUCGAUUGAAGUAACGUUUGAUUUUGCGCAUUAAGAUGUAAAGAGUCAGUGUAUCGAAGAGGACAAAAAAGGAAUAUUAUCUAAAACAGGGAACUAGCACAAAGUAAAGAGGCAAAGUUUCUGAAGUUAGAAGAAAAUAUUUCAGACGUUCGCAAAAGAUCUUCAACCUUGAAUAUACAACACAAAUAAAAUGAAGAUUGUAACUUUUGUUUUAGUGAUGUUUAUGUGCGUUUACGGGGAAAAUACGACUGCCGUUUUAAAUGCCACAGAAAACCCUAUUGCAAACAACACGACAUUACUAACUGCAACUGUGGCGUCACAAGCUGUAGGAAUUGUCAACGCGGGCAACUCUUCUACCAGCGCAAACACAAACGACCCUUACGCAAAGAACAAGACACACAGCAGUGAAUAUAAUGCAUCUACUACUGGGCCCGACAUAAUAACUCAGCCGGGAAACUAUGAUGUCAUUCAUGUCCUCGAUAAGAACAACGAAUCCUUCAUUUGUAUACGUAAAAAUGCGACAAAUGAGAUUGAGACUUUAGAAACAACGACAAGUUCAAAUGACAUGACCACUGCAUUUUCCGAAAAUACCAGCAUUUACACCGAGAACUCAAUAUUAUCCAAUCCCAACUGGACGUGUACACCAAAUAAAACUGAUGACUACUAUUAUGACGAGUAUGCCUAUUUUAACUAUCCAGAGUAUAUAGCCGGAAAGGCUUUAUUUCAAUAUCUUUCCCCAGUUGUCCUAAUAGUUGGAGUUGUUUUCAACAUUUUGAACUUCGUUGUCUUGACGUGUACUAACAUGAGGAAGACAAGUGCUAGUUUAUAUCUAGCUGUACUGGCCAUUUGUGACAAUAUUAAUCUCUUAAUGACUCUCACUAAUCAUUGGCUUAUUCAAUUAUUUAAUAUUGAAUACCGUAAAACAAAUGACGCACUUUGUCGAAUUUCUUUAUUCCUUGCAUACUUUCUAGCGCAUUUGUCCGCCUGGUUGUUAGUUGCAGUGACCGCAGAAAGGGUCGUGACUGUUAUGUUCCCGAUGCGAGCUCGAGACUGGUGUACUUUGAAAACAGCGACGAUAAAUAUUCUGAUCUUAACAGCGGUCAUAUUUGUCUUGAAUAUGCAUAUUUUCUUCGUUUCCGGCUCUGGAAUUAUAAUGUGGAACGGCGAGUUAUGGCCCGUCAGCUGUUAUUCCUACAACGAUGAUAAACACUUCAACUGGAAACAAAAUAUUUGGCCGUGGAUUGAUUUUGCGUUUGCAGCUUUUAUUCCUUUCACCUUGAUCUUAAUCUGCAAUAUUAUCAUUAUAUCCGUUGUUACGAAGGCACACCAGAGACGCAGAGCUAAUAUGAACGUCCAAGACGAAAGGGAUGACGCAACUAGAUCGAUGACGAUAAUGCUUAUUGCAGUCAGUUUGACUUUCGUGAUUUUGACCCUCCCCAUUACCAUUUAUUACAUCCUGGACGCACAAAUUACUGGCGAUAACCCAUACGAAAGCCAUCAGCACGUCGCAGACAUGAGACUCUUUCGUAGCUUGGCUACACAAUUGUUUUUCAUCAACUGUGGAAUAAACUUUUUGCUUUAUUGUAUCACUGGAAAACGUUACCGAACCGAGUUGGUAAAACUGUUUUGCUGCAGGAGAGUGGAAAAGCGUCACGCACCACGUACGACGGGCGCCACGUAUAUUACGUCAGACACUAAAAGUGCUUCGCAGGUUACGUCAUUUACAACAAUUGAAAAUAAAACGGCGGUAUCCUUGGUUGAAAAUGGCGGGGCUCCACAAAACAACAGUGAUGCCAAUAAAGAUGAAAGUACGAAAUUCUAAAACAGUUAACGAUAAUAUCGUAUAUUUGGACACCAAGUACAUAAGAAGCAACAUAUAGUAAUAAAACAAGAUUAUAUUAACAUUUACUAUUGCACACUUAUAAACAUAUAUCCGAUCACCUUGUCAUUAGAUGACCAAAUGCAUAGAGAGCACAAAUAUGAUCUUAAUCGAGUAAAACGGGUUAAGUACAUUUUUAAAGAAA